GCGUCUUGCGCCGCGCCGGGCUAGUUAUAACGACUGUCAAAACGCGACUGAAUUUAUUCGUUUUCUGUGUUUAGUUUUACUAGCUAUUUUAUGAAAUUUUUACUGCAUUAUUGCUCUUUUUACACUGUAUUUCAUUGCUCCCGUAAUACAUCUGUGCAUGCAAGCCGUGGCCAACAUUAUUUUUCUAGUAUAUCUGUGAUUUGUGCGUGUUUCUAGUGCGUGAUUAGUGACUAGCUCUUGUCGGAAUGUCGUCCCACAUAAGCGAUUUCAACAGCCACAUCCAAUCGUAUUUCGUGAGCAGCACCUACGGAAAUGAAACCCAAAUCAUCAACAGUCUUAACCACCUGGCGGUGGUCACCGACCAGCGAACGUUCGACCUGUCCGUCUACGGGAACAACAUUUUCUUCGUCAACCUGCACCGGUUGAUGAGCACCGGAUCGAAGAAGAUGUCCCUGCUGUGGGCGGCAGUGUCCGUGCUGGAAACGGCGUCAAAAUGCGAGGAAAUCCGACAAGCGUUGAUCCGCAAUUUCCACUAUCUGCCGACGUUGGCCAAUCUGCUGAAGGAAAUUCACAGCACCGAACAGCAGCAGCGACUGCUGGCGCUGAUCGAGAAGCUGACCCAUGGAGCGCAGCUGGAAAGCUACGAACCUUAUGUCGAGUCGCUGAUUCUCAAACUGUUGUCGGUGAUGGAGCAGGGCAGUGGCCAGAAGGAUAAAACCGAACUGGUGACGUUGGCGCUUUCGAUUCUGGUGAACCUGUGCUACGGGAAUCUGCCCAUGACGUACGUGCUGACGAAGAAUAUCAGCGUGUCCGGCUUCUGUAAGCAGAUCAAACAUCUCGGAUUGGUAACGUGCAAGAUGUACAUCAUUCUGGAGCGAAACGACUACAUGAAGGAGAUGGAUCUGCACUAUUUGCUGAAGAUGAGCUUCCAGGAGGUGAAGAAUAUUUUGUCUACAAAAAAUAGCUUCAUUCUGCGCCACGUGGUAGACUACCUGCACUACAUCCGGCAGCUGAAGAAAGAUAGCUGCAGCAAGGAGGAUCAACGCAACGCCAUUUCUCUGGAAGACAACUUCUUCCGAGACAAUCUGAAGGACUUUUUGGACGACAUAGAACGCUACACGGCGGCACAACACGCCGAGAAAGGACCCGGGAACACGAGGAAACGACGGAAAGUUUCCGACGAGAAAAGUCUGGACAGUUCCGGUUCGAGCGAACGGGAUGACUGCAUGGAUGUUCUGUUCGAGAUUUUGGCGUGUAUAGUGGACUUGGAACCGAUUGGAGAAGUCUUCCGCAAAAGGAUAGCGGAUUUGGCUUUGAAGUGGAUUCGGACGAAACAGAGCUGUUCCUGUGCGGUGGAUCUGAUGAGGGUGGUUCUGGAGAAAAGUGACGAAAAUAAGGAAAACCAAUGUCAGCAGAAACUAAUCGAUUCAUGUGAAGCGGUACUGGAGGAUUUAGUAAGCAUUGUACACCACAACAGCGAUCAAGUUCUGAUAAUCUCGGUUUCGAAGCUGCUGACGACGCUAGUUAGCCUCCAGGGAGCUUCCAACUCCACCUUGGACAAAGCUGCCGAGCUCUUCUUCCAGCACACGUUUGGAAACAUCCUGAGCUCAUUCAAAUCCAGUCAGAAUUUCGACUUUUCCCUUCCUGAUGGUGAAAUCGAAGCAUUUCUAUGGGCACUCCACACCUUUCACGAACUGGCCAAUGUUUCGCCAACACUGUGGUUUGCCAAAAUGGGAAAUCUACUGAAGCAGAAACCCGUUCAUUUCCUCAUCGCCAAGGGCUUGACCAGUGACAACUCGGAGCUGACAGAGGCCACGUUGGCCAUCAGCUCGUCAGUGGAUUUCCCUCGCAAGGAUGUAUCUCACAUGAUCAGCAUGUUGAGUUCCAGCAACCGAAAAGUUUUGGGCGAAAGCCAACAGCAAAACACAGACCGCAGCAGCACUCGAUCGGUUCCACUACAAAUGCCCCCGCCGGCUAAUCUCAGCAGAGAUCUUCUCGAACGAAUGGAUCAGACGGUAACGCACAUCCAGGAUGCCGUAUCGUCCGGGACGAUAAAUGACGCCACCCAGGUGCAGUUGAUUGAAUUCUACGACGCCAAGAUACGGAUGGAGGCACAUCUGAUGCAGGACCUUCAGGUGACGGUCGAGGCCAUGUCCAAGCAGAUCGGCAUACUGAUGCAUCAGAAUCAACUGCUGACGGCGGAGGUGAACCGGGUGCAGAGGAAGAAUCUUCCACUGGCGCUGAAAGUUUCCACAUUGCAAACGGAAAACCGAUCGCUUGAAAAAGAACUCACCCAGGUCAAGAGUGCCACGGCUUCAUAUGACAAGAAGAUCAAUCAGAUGAAGCUUGAGCUGUCGGACUACAUCAAGCGAUACAACGACAAGAACCAACAGUGGGUCGCACUGACCAAGCAGAUCGAACAACAUCAGAAGCGCGAAAGUAACUACGAGAAGGAGAACAAACGGUUGCAGCAUGAGCUAUCAAAUAUGGCCAAAACGAGCGAAGACUCCCGCAGGCUGCUCCGGGCAGCGGAGGAGGAUCGGCAGAAGAUCACCGAGCAGAAGGAAAGCGAUCGGAAAAUGUACGAAGGCAAGAUUCGCGAACGGGAGCGGGAAAUAUCGAAACGGAACGAUCUGAACCACCAGCUGGAGAAGCAGCUGACCGAGCGCGACAAGAAGCUCCAGUCGCAGGAGAGCGAAAUGAAGGAACUGCUGGCACAGAUUGCCACCAAGAACGAGCGAAUCGAGCAGGUCGAGGAGCAACUGAAGGAAAGUGAAAACAUCCAGAAGGCGAUCUA